AUGGCGAGCCGCUAUUACAUGCUCCUUCAACUGCUCCUCGCGUCCCCGCUCCAGGCUUCUGAAGCGUCAGGACUGCCCUUCGUUAUCAACACCUGGGGUGGCGUCUUCACAGCGGCCACAGACGCUGCGUACCUGGCAUUGCGGGAUCCAGCCACCUCAGCCCUGGACGCUGUCGAAAUUGGCUGCGCGACAUGUGAAGCCAAUCAAUGUGACGGCAGCGUGGGCUAUGGCGGCUCUCCAGACGAAAACUGCGAGACCACGCUCGAUGCAAUGAUCAUGGACGGAGAGACGAUGAAGUCUGGAGCAGUGGCGGCUCUGCGCCGUGUGAAGAACGCUAUCGGCGUUGCGCGCCACGUGCUUGAAUAUACGUCACAUACUCUGCUGGCAGGCGACCUCGCGACCCAGUUCGCGGUACAAAAUGGAUUUACCGAGGAAGAAACAAGCACGGAGGACUCGCUAGGUCGAUGCGCUGAGUGGAAAGCCGCAAGUUGCCAACCCAACUACAGAAUCAACGUCACCCCAAAUGCCACUCAAACCUGCGGGCCAUAUACGCCCGUGCCUCUGAAUUCUACAAGCCCAUCCUACCCAAGUCUCAUUGCACCAGAUGCAGUUACUACUUCUCACGAUACUAUCUCCAUGAUCGCAAUUCACUCUUCAGGGGUGAUGGCGGCGGGCACUUCGACCAAUGGGGCAUCGCAUAAAAUCCCCGGUCGUGUAGGGGAUGGACCGAUUACCGGAAGUGGCUCGUAUGUGGACAGCGAAGUCGGCGGGUGUGGUGCCACAGGGGACGGCGACAUCAUGAUGAGGUUCUUGCCCUGCUACCAAGCAGUCGAGAGCUUGAGGCGUGGCCUGUCACCCCAGGAGGCAGCUGACGAUGCUGUGAGGCGGAUGGUGACCAAGUACCCGGCCAUCUCCAGCGGCAUUGUUGUGGUUAACAACCAGGGCGAGCAUGCGGGAGCUGGGUCGGGCUGGACGUUCACUUAUGCUUUCAGGGGUGGAAGCAUGAAUGAAACCACCGUGGUUACUGUGCCGCCCAUUGAUUCCAUACAGUCUACACUUCGAUAUAGAGAGCAGCUCCAACUUUGA